UGAGGCGUUAAUUCUUUUUAUACAUGGCCUCAGCAUUAAUUUAAUCUGUUUCAAUAUGUAUAAUCAUUAGAGGGAAUACACAAAUACCAACCUAUUCAAACACGGAAUAUUCGUAGGACCACUCGUAGUUGCCGGGCUCGUGAGGGCAGAGCAAAGAUAGCCUUUGUGGCCAAGCCCGAUUAUGGUCGGGGAGACGCAGGCCAUCGAGCCUGCUCUAAUCUGCUGACAAUUUUUUUUUCUUCCUGGUGCACUGGUGCGCGCGGGUGCAUUCUCGCCUCUCGCCAUAUGAGUAAUAACCAAGCGGUGAGUUGCAGCUAAAUUAGGCUCCACCCCAGGCUCCACAACCGAACGCACACCGCCGAAAAAUGUUCACAGGCUUGAUUGAGACCAUCGGCACUAUUUUGGAGUACACUGUUCUCGACAACUCCAGCUCGGGUGGCAACGGAGUGUCGAUGGUGGUGGGCAAUUGCCACCAGAUCUUGACCGACGUGCACCUUGGAGACUCCAUUUGCACAAGCGGCGUGUGUCUCACAGUCACCGAGUUUGAUGAAAAGAAAAGCUGGUUCAAGGUAGGCAUUGCCCCCGAGACGCUUCGGCGGUCCAGCUUGGGCGAUUUGGCCAAGGGCGGCUUGGUGAACUUGGAGCGGGCCGUGACCAGCGAGGUCCGACUCGGGGGUCACGUGGUGCAGGGCCAUGUCGACACCAUUGCCCACAUCACCGGCAGGAAGCAGGACGGCAACUCCAUUGCCUUCACCUUCAAGCUCCGCGACGCGCAGUACAUCAAGUACAUUGUGGAAAAGGGGUUUAUUGCCAUAGAUGGCACGUCCUUGACGGUGACCCACGUGGACUACAAGAAGCACGAGUUUUCCAUCAUGCUCAUCAGCUACUCGCAGGAAAAGGUCAUUCUCUCGCGCAAGCCGGUGGGGGCCAGCGUGAAUAUCGAAGUGGACUACACGGGCAAGUUGAUUGAGAAGCAGGUGGAGUUGACUUUGGAGGGCCAGUUGCACCAGGAGGACAGCCCGCUCGUGCGGUUCAUCACUGAGACGGUGAAGCGACACGUGGCGUGAGGCACGUGAGCUGUUCGGUGGUACUGCGAGGCGCAGAAUAAUUGCAAUGCAACAGUGCGGUCCAUGGAGAUGGUCUAUGGAGAUGGUUUAUGAGAUAGUUCAUGGAGAUAGUAUAUGAGAUAGUAUAUGAGAUAGUAUAUGAGAUGGUAUAUGAGAUAGUAUAUGGAGAUGGUAUAUGAGAUAGUUCAUGGAGAUAGUAUAUGAGAUAGUAUAUGAGAUAGUAUAUGGAGAUGGUAUAUGAGAUAGUAUAUGGAGAUGGUUUAUGAGAUAGUAUAUGGAGAUAGUUUAUGAGAUAGUUUAUGGAGAUAAUAUAUGAGAUAGUAUAUGAGAUGGUCUAUGGAGAUGGUAUAUGAGAUGGUAUAUGAGAUGGUAUAUGAGAUAGUAUAUGGAGAUAGUAUAUGAGAUAGU